AUGUUGCUCGACGAAGACCCCGGGACGCUCAUCCACCACACGAUCGGUAAUUUCAAUAUCCAUCCGGAUAAACAAGCCGUCACACGCAUCAAUGACUCGCUCUCAACCCUCCAGCAGUCGCGCGACCUGCGCAUUCGCGAGGCUGAAUCGGCCAUGCGAAAACUAUCGCGUAAUCUGAACUCCUUGUCAACCCAACAUGAGGAAGCUGUCUCAGUGCACGAUUCAGGAAAACACGCGGCGGAGAUUGUCGAGCUGGACACCAAGAAGUUCCGCAUUGCCAAGGCCGCUUCGGAACUGGAGAUUGAAAGUGAGAGAUUGGAGAGCGAACUCGAAAUGCUCAAGGAAAGACUGGCCGAUCUCGAGUCCCAGGGCUUAGAGGGCGAUGAGACAACUCGGCGCGAACGUGAGGCGGAUGAUGCAACAAUCCUGCGUCUCAAGAUCUUCCGCUCGUUGGGUGUUGACAUUGAGCCCGAUGAUGCGGGCAACUUCAACCGGGCUGUUAUUCGGAACAGCCGCAAGGGUGAUGUUCAUGUCGUUAAUAUCGACCCCAAGUUCUCGCGCUUCUUCUAUGCGAACUAUUUCUGGUCAACGAUGCAGGGAUAA